AGCGCGCACUUAAAACCAAAAAGUGUCCAUCAAAGCAAACUGUGGAGGAGAAACCCGAUCCAACUAGGGCUCAGCAGACAGAGCAAGAAGAAGUGAUGGAGCACUCCAAACAGACUCAGUACAGCUCAAACGAGAAGAAAGACACCGGGGACGGCGGCUCCGUGCUCAACGGACACUUUGACGGGAUGGUGAAGCGGCCAGCCGGCGGCACCGGGCGCGCAGCCGCUCCCCAGCCUCCGGGCGCGGAGUCCGGCGCGCACCGGGCGGCCGCCUCGGUGAUGGAGAGCUGGAGGGAGGAGCGCACCAGGAGCGUGGAGGACAACGAGAUGAGCCUGCCGUCCCUGGCCGCCGCUUACACCACCAUCCUGCGGGGGCUCGGGGAGGACCCGCAGCGGCAGGGGCUCCUCAAAACCCCCUGGAGAGCCGCCACCGCCAUGCAGUUCUUCACCAAGGGCUACCAGGAGAAAAUUAUCGACGUGCUGAACGACGCCAUCUUUGACGAAGACCACGACGAGAUGGUGAUCGUCAAAGACAUCGACAUGUUCUCCAUGUGUGAACAUCACCUGGUGCCCAUCUUCGGCAGGGUUCACAUCGGUUACCUCCCCAACAAGAGAGUUCUGGGUCUCAGCAAGCUGGCCAGGAUUGUUGAAAUCUACAGCCGUCGACUACAAGUUCAGGAGAGGUUGACCAAACAAAUUGCCGUGGCGAUCACCGAGGCCCUGCAGCCGACCGGGGUCGGCGUAGUCAUCGAGGCAACUCACAUGUGUAUGGUGAUGCGAGGCGUUCAGAAGAUGAACAGUAAAACCGUCACCAGCACCAUGUUGGGAGUUUUCAGGGAAGAUCCAAAAACCCGGGACGAGUUCCUGACGCUGAUCAGGAGCUGAGGAGGAUGAAGCUCCUCCUCUUCCUCCUCCUGUUGCCUGAGGUUACCUCCACCUGUGUGUGUGUGUGUGUCUACGAGUGUGUGUUUUCAUCUCAACCAAAGGCAGUGACAGAGUGUUUUCUGGGUUUUAGCGUUACCAUGGCGACGUGUUGUUUACUCUCAGACGGCGGGACAGACUUUAACCCCCCUUUUUGUCCACGUGUGUCGUGCGUGCUCAUUAAUCAAAUAUCAGUUAUUGGCCUCAGAUACAGAAGGAGAGUUUAAAACUUCAAUCAAUCACCAGAGUAAAAUAUCAAACAGCAGCUACAGUCGAGUUUAAAGGCUCUUUAAGCAGAUUGUGUCGCAAAUAACAACAAAAUGUAGACAUUUGCAGGUAAAAUUAAAAAUGUACGGUAGCCCAGACAGGAAAGUCUUUAUUUUUUUCCUCAGGAGCAAGUUUUAAAAAAAAAAUUGAGAUGUGAUUGUGUGAAAUCUGUGAAAACAAGUUAAGAAAUAAUUAUCUUUUCUCAGGUUCUUUUUCCUGUCUGUGACAAAUUAUACAUACAUAAGUACUAGGGGGGUAAAGAUUUACUGAUACAGUCAGAAAUCAGUUUUAAUGUUACAGAUAUAAAUACGUCGGUACGCUGCCCCCCUGUGGGUUGAUGUAAAUGUUUUUGGUUUUGAGCUCUGGUGACAUUUAAUAUCAGAAUUAACAGUCCUAAACAAUCCUGUAACUCUGAGACUUGAAUAACUGGAGCCACAUUCACAAUACAAAAGUUUAAAAGUAUCUCCGAAGUGCCCGAGUUAAUACGGCCUCUGAUUUCUAAAACACAGAAUGAGAGUUUAAAUAUCUAACGUCGAGAAUAAAUCACUUUUUGAUUGAUUAUCUGAUUGACAGAAAAUGAAUUGUUUAAGUCAAAAUGCCAAAACGUUUGCAGACUCCAGCUUCUGAAAUGUGAGGAUUUCUUGUUUUAUAUUGUUUUGAAUUGAAUAUAUUUAGAUUUAAAGAUGUAAUUUCUGAGAUUUUAGACUAAAUAACUAAUCGAUCAGUUGAGUAAAGAACUGAAAGAUGAACCGAUAAUGAAAAUAAUUGUUAUUCUCCACAGAGAAUCUCUUUGAACGUGGUUGCUGUUGUUUUUCGGUGAUGAAAGACACUUUUAACACUCUGUCACACCUCAGAAAACCUCAGUUUACAAAUCAUUUUCACUUUUGUUUAGGACUUUUUGUGUUAGCUAUCAGUGGAUUUAACAGCAGAACUGAUGCAGUUUGUGUUAUAAAAAAACACACAAAAAACAACAAUUUAAAUGUCAAACACGAUGGAAGGUAUUCUCCUUUUUACUUUUAAUUUCUCAACGUCUUAUUAUGAUGAUUAUUACGAUCCUGUGGAAGGAUCCGCCUGUAUGUGCCAACUCGCCUCUCCAUUAAAAAAACCCC